UACGGAGGCAACAAAUCGUUCCAGUCGUUGUCUCUCGUCUCAGGAUUAACCCGAUAUUUUUUUCAUUUCUUCGGAUUAGCCUCGAUAUAUUUCGCGCGACAUACUCCCACAAUGUCCGCGGUUGCUUAAAUAAAAAAUUAAUCAAUCGACCAUUCAGCCGAUCCGAUCAACCUUGUCGGUUCAAUUAUUACGGCGAGUGCUCGAAAUAGCGCGCGAGACGAUAACGAUUUGUUUCGUCACGCGAUGAUAGGAAACUUCAACAUGUUUUACGGAACGUAAAAGACUCUCUGCGAGAGUGCACACCGUCAUCGUCGUCGUCGUCGUCGUCGAACGGAAGUUGGAGAGGAGCGCGCCUUUAAAUAAGCUGAGAUCGCGCGCGAACCGAAUCAUCUCGAUCUUGAGACCGCGGCGCAGCAUCUCUGAAGGCUGGAGUCGAGUCGGAAUCGCAGCGGUCGCCGCGUGAAGAAAGUGUUGCCUCCUGUCUUCUCGCGGGGAGCUUCGGAGAUUUCGACCGAUGCCGAUAUGCCGCCACAGGAGAAACUGUCCGCGGCCAACGGCAGGGUCCUCGGGGAUCUCUCCUCGAAGGACACGAGUCCUGAGUCCGGUUUGUCGGCCUCGGCCUCGUCCGAGACCGGAUUUCCGGCCGCGAAGAGUGAUCGCAAGAGCGGCGAUCAGGAGGACGAUCCGGAACAACCCAAGGACCUAGACUUCGACGAUCUCCUGCCGCACGUCGGUGAAUUCGGUACCUAUCAGAGGAUCCUGUUCGUGCUGAUGAUACCGUUUGCCUUCUUCGUUGCCUGGGUGUAUUUCUCGCAGAUAUUUAUCACCCUUGUGCCGGAGAAACACUGGUGUCGCGUGCCCGAAUUGGAAAAUCUCACGAUUGAGGAAAGGAUGGCAUUGGCGAUACCAGUUGACGGGGAUGGUUAUUCCAAGUGCACCAUGUACGAUGUGAAUUAUACAGAGAUAAUCUUAAACGGGAUCAGAGAAGCAGAUCCGAGCUGGCCGACGAAGGGUUGUUCGCACGGUUGGGAGUUCAAUUUUAGCGACAUACCCUACGAAACCGUGGCGACUGAGCUAGGAUGGGUGUGCGAACACAGCGCACUGCCUACAGCCGCUCAGAGCGUCUUCUUCGUCGGCGCGAUCUUCGGUGGUCUUUUAUUCGGAUGGAUCGCCGAUAGAUAUGGUAGAAUACCGGCACUGGUCGGUGCUAAUGUCACCGGAUUUUUAGCAGGAGUCGCGACCGUGCUGGCCGAUAGUUUCUGGAAGUUCGCGCUGUGCCGGUUUUUCGUCGGCUUUGCAUUCGAUAAUUGCUUCACCAUGAUGUACAUAUUAGUGUUGGAAUAUGUAGGACCAAAGUGGCGCACUUUUGUGGCGAACAUGUCGAUAGCUCUCUUCUUCACGUUCGCUGCCUGCAUCUUACCGUGGAUUGCGUAUUUUUUGGCCAACUGGAGGAUGACCUGCAUCGCCAUAUCCGUCCCUCUAGUUCUGGCAGUAGCGGCACCUUGGUUGGUGCCAGAGAGUGCGAGGUGGCUUGUCAGCCAAGGUCAAGUGGAGAAAGCCAUCGAGAUCCUGGGUAAAUUCGAACGCAUGAACGGCACGAAAGUGCCCGACAACGUCUAUCAGCAAUUCCGUGAAACUUGCGCGAGAGUGUGCAAGGAGCAAGAAGCGGACAAAACUUAUUCUGUGGUGGAUUUAUUUAAGAGUCCACGCUUGCGAAACAUUACGAUCCUCCUCAUUCUCAUCUGGAUGGCGAUAUCGCUGGUAUUCGACGGUCACGUUAGAAACGUAAACAAUCUCGGACUCGAUGUCUUUAUGACAUUUACCAUCGCGGCAUUUACCGAAUUACCCGCCGACACGUUCCUCACCCUUGUUCUGGAUCGAUGGGGUAGGCGAUGGCUGGCUUGCGGUACUAUGGUAAUUUCAGGAAUUUUCAGCAUUUGGGCGAGCGCGGUUUCAAACAAUAUUUAUUCGGCCACCUUGGCGAUCGUUGGUAGAUUUUGGGUCAACAUCUCGUAUAACAUCGGUCUUCAGUACGCCGCUGAAGUUUUACCAACAGUUGUAAGGGCGCAAGGAGUUGCCUUGAUCCACAUAAUGGGAUACGUCGCUAGCAUCCUCGCACCCUUUGUCGUUUACUUAGAUAUUGUCUCGUCCAUUCUGCCAUUAUUGGUUUUGGGUAUCAUGGGUAUCCUGGGCGGUCUCCUAACGCUUCUGUUACCGGAAACGUUGGAUAAAGAUCUGCCACAGACGUUACAGGAUGGCGAGGAUUUCGGAAAAGAUCAAAAAAUAUGGGAUAUGCCGUUUCUCUCAAAGAAAAAGCCUGCAGAUGUGGAAGUACCGCCAGUGGCAAUCUUCCGGUCGUUCGAGCGCAGCAGUCUACGAAGUUCGAUGAGAGCAUCCACUCGCGGCGAAACCCUGAGGAGCAGCAUGAUACAAAGAUCGAGUAUAAGAUCCCGGAAAAGCGUAAACGCGGCCACGGAGGCGGAGAGCAAAUGAAUGUCUCGAGGAACGAGAUCCUGAUUUUGGAAAUAUUCCUUCUUUCCAACAUCGUUCCUUCUUUCGACAUUAUGAUAUAUGUGAUAUAUCGGAGCUACCAAAAUCAAAUUAUAUUUGAUGCGCACACUCGUAUACAUUUAUAAUAAACCUGCAAUGGUAUAGCUUUAAAUCGACAGAGAAAGAAAGAAAGAGAAAGAGAGAGAAUAUUGUGGAUUUCUUCCAAUAUAUUCUACUUAAUGAGGAGAAAGGGAGGGCGAAAUAGUAUGUAUUAGUAGAACUAGAAAGAAGUAGAAAUGUCAAUUAGAACUUGACUAAAUUAAGUUCUAAUCGGCCGUUCUACAUAUAUUGCUACUGUGAUUUUAUAUCAUAGGAUCUUUUUAAUUUUCCUCACUGUAUUUUUAAUCUUAUAUGUGCGAAAUCUCUGAAAUUUAAUUCAAAUUUCGAGAAAAUAGAUAGGGAUUAUACGGGCAGCCAUGUAGGCAGUAUUAAUGUAAUUUUAUGAUUUUUUAUUGCAAUAUAUAUUUCUUUAAUAGUUGUAUUUAAUAAUAGGAAGUUAAGUUGCGGUUAAAUUCAAAAGAAUCACACACGUUCCUUUUUGAAAAUAUAUCUUUUGAAGAGAAAAGACAUAUUUUCAGAUACAUUAUUUCAAUCUCGAGGAAUGUAACCGCAUUGAAAAAUAGAUGAGAGAUAAGGGUAACUAUUGAAAGGCAACUACUUGAGAUAAUGUAAAAUUUCUUCUAUACAUUUUACACUCAUCACAUUGACGCGAGUGUAUCUCGUUCACAUACAAUAUGAUAUUGUAAUACAAAUCAAAUUUUUGAACUAGUUUGAGUGAUGUAAUGUGCUGAAUACGAUUGAAGAUUCCGCAUUCCGAAUAACAAAUUUUUAAUAACUUUAUUGUGAUAAUAAGAUAUUAUGUCAACGUUUCUGCCUGUAAUCAGAAACGUGUGCGCUUGAAAAUAUUUUCCACUAAAAUUCAGAGAAAACUCGAUUUAUGUACAUAUAAUCUUUCAUAAUGUAAAUAAGCUAAAAGAUUAUUAAAAAUUAAUUUGUAUCCCGUUAA